CAUACCUCCUUUUUUUUUCGCCGUUUCUCUCCAAUUUCUGGCGUCCAAACACGCCCCGAAGCUCGGCUCGCUCCGAGCUUUUCCCCACCCGUUCUCUCCAUCCUCAAAAACCCAAUAGCCUCCGAUUGUUUCCCCCAAAUCUAAACCCAACUUCCAAUCCAUCUUCGCCGUCUUCGAUUCACUGCCUUACUCAGCGAAAACGGCUUCCAUUGGAUUCUAGGGCUUCCUAGAUCGACCUUGUAUUUCUCCGAAGCAACUCUGUACUUUCUCUUCCUCCGGUUAAUCCAAUUUGUGAUUAUGGCAAUUCGUGUUACCUUCUCCUUCUCCGGUUAUGUCGCCCAAAACCUGGCCUCCUCGGCCGGGCUUCGGGUCGGCAAUUGCCGGGCGUUCCACGAGUGUUGGGUCCGCAAUCGGGUCUUCGGCACGAGCCAGAAGCCCGCCGAGCUCGAUCCCGCCCUCUCCGCCCGCAAUUACCGCUCCGAUUUCGACCGGCCCAAGCCCAAUUGCUGGGCCAAGAACUCCUCCUCCUACAGCACCCUCGCUGGGGAGGUUCUCGGUGAGAAUUGCAAGAGUCCGAUUCUGUUGACUCUGAUCUCGAUCAUGAAGUCAACGGCCGGCGUUUCGGCCUCUUCGGCGACGUCCACGGGCACGUUUGGGAUCUCGCCGAUCAAAGCCACUUCGAUUAUACCAUUCUUGCAGGGCUCCAAGUGGCUUCCCUGCAACGAGUCGGUCCAAAUUUCUUCGGUCAACCACGAGGUGGAUAAAGGUGGGACUUUGUGUAGCGUUGGUGAGGCUACGAGUGAUGAUCACUUGCAAAAGGGCAGUGGUUGGCUAACGCGUCUGUUGAAUUCUUGUUCGGAGGACGCCAAAGCUGUUUUCACGGCUGUUACUGUUAGUUUGCUGUUCAGGUCUUCCUUGGCCGAGCCCAGAUCAAUCCCUUCUUCUUCUAUGUACCCUACUCUUGAUGUAGGUGACCGCAUUUUAGCGGAAAAGGUUUCGUAUGUCUUCAGAAAGCCUGAAGUUUCAGAUAUAGUUAUCUUUAAAGCACCUAAAAUAUUGCAGGAAAUCGGUUAUAGUUCAUCCGAUGUAUUCAUAAAAAGAAUUGUGGCCAAGGCUGGAGAAUGUGUUCAAGUUCGUGAUGGGAAAUUACUAGUGAACGGGGUUGCACAAGAUGAAGAAUUCGUUUUGGAGUCUCUUGAUUAUGAAAUGGAUCCAGUGCUUGUGCCAGAAGGUUAUGUCUUUGUUAUGGGAGACAAUCGAAAUAACAGUUUCGACUCUCAUAACUGGGGUCCGCUUCCUGUAAAGAACAUUGUUGGCAGAUCCGUCUAUCGGUAUUGGCCUCCCUCCAAAGCCGGAAAGAACGCUGUGACAGUUUCUUGAUACUUUUCCCUCUGCUCGCAGGGAAGGAUCUCAAAUGACAAUUUUUUUAAUUUUGUGAAUUGACGUUACAUAGAUUUUUUCCACUCUUUUGGCUCAUUAUGAGCAGUUGUGAAUACUACUCUACCUUUCCAUCA